AUGCUUUCUGCUCUGAGGUCCUCCUUUUCUCGCUCCAGUUCUCGAAGGACAUUCACCACAAGCGCAGUCCGGCGCCAUGACUUGGCCAAAUUGACAUUAAUUGGCACACUGGUCAGAGAUCCAGAGCCUCGAGUAACAAAGUCAGAGAAAGAAUAUGUCAUGUACACCGUUGCUACCCAAAACUAUCCUCCCCCGCCUCCAGACGCUAACGGAGAACGUCACACUGCCUCCAACUUCCACCGUGUUCUCUGCUUCAAUGAAGGCGCUUCCAGAUAUCUGAAAACCCUCCGCAAGGGAAGCAGAGUCUACGUCGAAGCCAACUACGAAAUCCGGGAGCCAGAGCCUGGUGCUGAACCCUCGUCUCCUCAUGGACAACGUCAGAUCUUCCUCAGGCACGAAAUGAUUCGCCUUUUGAAUGCUCCUCGUGGAGAGCGCCAUCCCAACGAAGAGUCUUCUGAACAACUCUAA